UCACAGCCCUAUUUUCUCUAAUAUACAACCUUUGGCUACUUUCGCCUGUGUCCACUCCCUUGUCGCGAUUUCUUCCUUUUCUUCUCCUACGUUCGAUCUGGGUCCCAUCCAGGCCUGACUAGAUCCACGCGACAACCAGGAAUUCGACGCGCAACUGGCCCAGCUACUACCUCCCUUGCUUGUGACCAUAUAACCACCAUGACAGGUCGACACGGUGUUCUGCUCUUCAGCGCAUCUUCGCACUCUGCCGUAUGCUGGCCAUACUCACCAUGGCUCCUCUAUCCAUCAUCGGCGCCUUGAGCGUCCUUCCCCUCGCUCUUGCACACAUGCAGAUGUCGUCACCAUCUCCCCUGAGAGACCCACACGCAACAGAUCGUCCGGACGAACCCAAAGACUACAAUAUUCUCAGCCCUCUGAACGCGGACGGUAGCAAUUUCGCCUGCAAAGGUUAUCAUCUGAAUACGCCCUUGACGACAGUCGCAACUUAUCCAGCUGGUAGCAAGCAGACACUGAGAUUGAGAGGAGAUACCACGCAUAGUGGUGGUAGUUGUCAGAUCAGUUUGAGCUGCAAUGGCGGAGACGACUUCUACGUCAUUGAAAGCAUAAUGGGCGGUUGCCCUUUGCGUAAGAACUACGACUUCACGAUUCCCAGCGAAAUCCCGGCCGCGAAGAAAUGUCUGCUGGCCUGGACAUGGUUCAACAAAAUUGGUAACAGAGAGAUGUACAUGAACUGUGCCGUCAUCGAUAUUACGAACAAAAGAAGGAGUAAGCGUGAUAGUCAGGCCGCGGCUUCGAACGCUUUGUCGAAAUAUCCUGAGUUGUUUGUCGCAAACCUGGCCAACAUCAACAAUUGCAAGAUUCAAGAGACUACCGAAGUCGUAUUUGAUAACCCUGGAAAGAGUGUCAUCUAUGCCAACGGGAAAAGUGCUUCCAGCCAGCCCAGCUUUCGCAGAGGUCAAUGUACUGGAAAGCCAUCCAAGAACGCCGGAAGCAAAGACGCGCCGUCGAGCAACUAUGGUGGCGGCGGUGGAGGCCAAUGGACUGCACCCGCUCAAAGCUCAUCAAAGCCAAAUGACUGUGCGGCCAAGAACCGUUCUGGAAAAUACUAUCCUGAGUGUUUCGGCGGCAAUGCUCGCAUGCACCAGCAAGAGCAACAGCCAGCCCAGCAACAGCCUCAGCAGCCUCAGCAGCCCCAGGAACCCAAACAGGCCGCGCCGAAGAGACCGAGUGCAACGGGACCAAAUCCGAAAGUGCAGCAGGACCUCGAUGCGUAUCUGGCAACGCUGUACGGUCGAGGCGGCCUCGCUCGUAGAGCCACAGCGCCCGCAUCUGACUAUGUCCAGACCCAUAGUCAAAAGCAAGGAUAUUCAGCAUCAUCGCACACGCACCGUCAUGGAGAAGACUGCAAGCACAAGAAUUCUGGCUACCCACAGGACUCGCACUAUGAUACUGAGAAUGUCAACUCAUACCCUAAAGGAGGUGAUGAUUACUCCAACAAGCAUGUCUACGACAGCCAAGAAUCACAUUACUAUGAAGACUCAGACUUGGUGAGCAAACGCGUGGCUCGCCAAAAGAGAUGGACAUCGUACGACAAGCGCGACGAUGGUCCACGCGCACCGACUAGAUACUAUCGUCCCAAUCCGAGUGCUUAUCAAGCAUCUGCAGAAGCACCUAAAGAGGUGUCCGCAGAGACAUCCGACCAACCGUCCACAGAAGUCAUCGAGCAAGCAUACACAGAAGAAUCUACACAGGCAGAGACGCAGGCAGAGACGCAGACGCCCAACGAAGCUGUAGUGCAAAAAAUCUGGACUGAUAUGACCGAAGCCGAGAAGUUUGAGGCAUUCCUUCGGCGGAUAGUCGAGCUUAGCAGCAACAUGGCUUCGCUUGUCAAGUAUGCUGCUGCUUCGACCGUUAACAUUCCCUGGUACCCUCCUGCGUCCACAUACGACCGAACCCCAGCGUCCACUAACGGAACUACACAAGACACUACUGCAGUCCACAGGCUCGCUAUUCGAGGUGUGAUCUCGUCUGCUCGUUCGGUUGCUCAAAUCUAUCCUGGACCUAGCGUUGGUAGCAUCAGCGACCCUGGCGAUGCCACGGAUGCCGAAGACGGCUUCAAACUGUGGUUUCCCCAUCUUGUGCAAGGUUUAGUGACGAAACGACAACUGGUUGACCCAGUGACGAGUGAGGCUAGUGCCGAUGCUGGUGAUAGUGUCAACUUCUUCGAUGUAUUGGCGGCCGGCUUCUGGAAGUUGUUCGGCAAUUUCGAUGAUGCACCCACAACAGAUUUUGAGCCAGCUCCUACCAUUGAGGACAUACCAUUGGUGUUGGGCGAGCCAGAUCUCUACAGUGGACAGCCUGACUUCCCAGACUUCGAUAUCCCGGAUCUCGAUGGCCACUACACGUUCGGACCCCAAAUCUCGGCACCUGAACCGCCAGUCCCUCAACUCUUACCUGGCUACGAAGAGGGGCCUAAUGGACCGAUCUGGGUUGGCGAAGGCCCUGACCCGCUUGCAGAUACCGAGGAGCCAAGCAUCGUCGAUUCGACUGAUGGUUCAAACUCCACAGUCUUUCCAGGUGAAGAUGUUCCUGUCUUGUUGACCUGCACGGAGCCCAUCCCACAGAUCGGCUUCAACUCUUGCCUCGGUGGAUGCAACCACACCGCUGAAGAAAUUGCUGCGCACGAAACCUACCUAGAGGAGUUCGCAAAGCAGCAGGCUGAGUUCGAAGAAUGUCUCGCGACGCAGGCUGUAGAUGGAAUCUCCUCUUCGCCCUCGCACGGUAUUUGGCACGGUACUGACGACUCUGACGAAUCCCAGUCGGAGGCUGAAGACGCAAGUGGUCGCCGUCCUCGGCCAGUCCCGAUGAUCCCGUACCCGCGUCCCGAUAACUUCACCAGCCCCUUUCCCUCCAACACGACCACCGAGACUGCCCCCGUUCCUAUCGUCGAGGAGAUAGUUCCAGAACAGGAUACGCCGCUGCCAGUGGAUCUACUACCGUACCAAAACAAGACACUCGGCGAGCUAGUCAGCGAGAUCAUGGGAAACCCGGAGCUGGUCGCUAGUCCAGACGAUGAGGUGCAGGGAGAAGACGAAGCAAACUCUUUGCAGGAGGCGGUUGAUCAGGCCGAGGAAGGUGUCACGGUAGAGCAGGAGCCCACGCUGAUCGAUCCCAGUACGCUGGAGACUAUUGCUGAUGCGCUGCCGUUUUUCUUGGGGCCUGGACCGGUCCUCACGAACGACGUGCCUGCUGAGGAGCUUGCGGAGGGAGGUGCGGUAUAGAUGUCAACGAGCGACUAACGAUGGAUGACUCAACCUGAUUUUGAUGUUAUGCAAAAGCAAGGAGGGGAAAUCGAAUGACGUAUGGUUAACGUUUUUGGGUGGGUACCGAUGGCUGGGACAGAGGUUUGUGUUUAGUUUAGAUACUUUGCGUGAUAUGUCUCGCGUUAU